UUCCUUGGGGAUUAAACCCAUGAUCUUCAGUUCCUCAGAGAAUUGAAAGUAGCAACGAGGAAUCCAGUAAUUCCUGUUAUCUGAUGCAGGCUUUAUAAGUCAGUGUUACCCACGGAGGUGGCCAGGAUCCUGCACACCAAGCACAGCUGUCUUCUCGCAGAGCCCUGAAGCCAGAGCAGCGGCAGGAUGUCGCAGAGGCUGGCCCUGCUGCUGCUUCUCCUCCUCUCCGUCCAGGGCGCCCUGGCCCUGCGGAUCUGCUCCUUCAACGUGAGGUCCUUUGGGGAAAGCAAGCGGGAAGACCAGAAGGCCAUGGGUGUCAUUGUGAAGAUUAUCAAACGCUGUGACAUCAUGCUCCUGAUGGAAAUCAAGGACAGCAACAACAUGAUCUGCCCCAUGCUGAUGGAGAGGCUGAACGGAAAUUCAAGGAGAGGCACCACAUACAACUAUGUUAUUAGCUCUCGGCUUGGAAGAAAAACAUAUAAAGAACAGUAUGCCUUCCUCUACAAGGAAAAGCUGGUGUCUGUGAAGAAAAGCUACCUCUACCAUGACAGUCAGCAUGGAGACGGAGACGUGUUUUCCAGGGAACCCUUUGUGGUCUGGUUCCAUUCGCCUCACACAGCUGUCAAGGACUUCGUGCUUGUGCCCCUGCACACCACCCCAGAGACGUCCGUUAAAGAGAUCGACGAGCUGGCCGAUGUCUACCUGGAUGUGAAACACCGCUGGAAGGCAGAGAAUUUCAUUUUCAUGGGUGACUUCAAUGCUGGCUGCAGCUACGUCCCCAAGAAGGCCUGGAAGAACAUCCGCUUGAGGACCGACCCCAGAUUCGUUUGGCUGAUUGGGGACCAACAGGACACCACAGUGAAGAAGAGCACCAAAUGUGCAUAUGACAGGAUCGUGCUCAGAGGGCAAGAGAUCGUCAGCUCUGUGGUUCCCGAGUCAAACGGCAUCUUUGACUUCCAGAAAGCUUACGACCUGAGUGAAGAGGAGGCCCUGGAUGUCAGCGACCACUUUCCAGUUGAAUUUAAACUACGGUCUACAAGGGCCUUCACCAACAGCAGGAGGUCUCUUGUGCUAAGGAGGAAAACAAAGGCCAAACGCUCCUAGAUACAAAGGUGCCAUUUUAUUAACCAUUUCUUGUCUCUAAAUAAAAUGGCUCUAACAGGUAUGAAUGGCUCCCUGCACUUCGGAAACAAGACUGGUCCAACUGCUUUCAUUUGUCAACCUGCAUUUAUUCUGACUCGAGCCAAAUUGGAAGGAGAGUUUUUUUUAUCAUCCCUCUUGGGCUGAAAACUCCCCUGAAUUGUCCAGAAGGAAACCAGGAGCUUUCUAGUCCAAAAGGAUGGUCUUCACGCCCUGGACUGGAGCCCCACCUGCUUUCCCUGCCCCUGCUCAACCUGCCCCAAGAGGCUGCAGGAAGAACGUCAGCUGUCAGACCUCACAAGGGGAUCCUGUUCCACGGGCAAUGACCAGAAACGCCAAGGCCCCAACUGCGACCCCAUGAUUUGGAUAAUUAACUGUUUAAUCUGCCCCCUCCCGUCUGAGGUCAGGCCCCCAGGCCACCACUGCACCUCACAGGGAUGAAACACGAAGAUCCUCUUGGUCUCCCCGCCUCCAAGUCAUCCCCCUCCACCUCGGCCAGUCCAGUAACCACCAGCACCAUCCUCUGAAAUACUGUUCUGACCACAGCCCACCCCCAGGCCCAUAAAUCCUACAGGGGCUCCCAUCACCAUCCGGAGAAAGCUCCGUCUUUGGACACCGGGAAGGCCUCUCUUAUCCGACAUAAAUCUCCAGCCUUGCUCUCUGCUGGUCUCCGCCCGGCCCCAGGAGCUCCCUCGGGUCGCCCUCUGCCCUGGAUGCCCGUGAGCUCCCUCCUUUGGGGCUUUGGCCCCACCCCCGUGCCCCGCCCCAUCCCAGGGCCUGGCCCAAGUGCUCCUGGCCCCCACGUGCGCCGUCCCCUCAUUGCAGCAUUCACUACGUUGUAUUUGUCACCAGGGUCAGUACUGGGAGUCUUUGGGGGUCCUGAUGUGACAAAGGCCCCUUGCGCUGGCUGGGCCUCAAGGAUUCUGUUAUCUUUCUGCAACCAAACAGGCCCAUAGGAGUCCAGCAAGGAGGCACCAUUUUACCUGUAUCCGAGGUGCCCAUGUUUGUUUGUCUUGCUUUGCUUUCGCUGAUGCUGUUUCCUUGUUCAGGCAGUACAUAUGCACACGGCUAAAGGCAAGAGCAGUGCCGAAGAAUAAGCAGUGAAAAGGGAUCCAUGCCCUGACCUCAUCCCCUAAUUUCCUGUCUCAGAGGCAGCCCUUCUUCCCAGCUUUUGUGUUCUUCCAGAGAGUCUGCGCAUAAAUGAGCACCAUAUGUAACCUUAAGAAAUACAAAAUAUAGCAUGCCAGAUGCACGGUU